CAGCCUGUCUUUAACUAUCAGAUGAUCAGAGCCGCUUCGAAUAGGGUACUGGUGUGGCCGUCAACAGUCUCAGUUCUCAGAAAAUGUUUUGCAUCUUACAGAGGAACUAGGUGUUAAGAUAUUUGGCCAGUAGCUCAGUCUGCACUUAUCAGAUUAGAAAUCAACCCAGCAGCAGAAGUACAUAUCUGAAGCAUUGUAAACGGCAUUGUGAGACUUUCUUUGUGAGAAUUCUACUUCCUAUUCAGUUCUAACAAGGCAUAAUGGAUUCAACUGAACCAGAUCAUGACUACAGUGCUACUUUGGAAGAGUUUACAAAUUACUCAAAAGAAAAUACAGUUUCUGUGAAUUUACAUGCUGGAAACUGCAGGGAAGCAGGAUGUGUAAUCACAGUUAUUUUUAAUGUGAUCAUAUUCCUGCUUGGCAUCAUUGGAAAUGGUGCUGUGAUCUGGAUUACUGGUUUUAAGAUGAAGAAGUCUGUGAACACCACCUGGUACCUGAGCCUGGCUUUGUCUGACUUCAUUUUCUGCGCUACUCUGCCUUUCCUCAUGAGCUCUAUAGUUACUGCCAGCUGGAUUUUUGGGCUCUUCAUGUGCAAGUUCAACUCUUUUGUCAUGACCCUCAAUAUGUACAGCAGCAUUUUCAUCCUGGUCAUCAUUAGUGUGGAUCGCUGCAUCACAGUCAAGUUUCCUGUCUGGGCCCAAAAUCAACGCACUGCAAAGAAAGCUUCUUUAGUUGUUGUGAUGGCUUGGUUCAUGUCUGCUUUGCUUAGCAUUCCAUCUGCCAAAUUCAGAGAAAUCAAUACAAAUCAAACAUCAACAGUCAUAUGUUAUAGCAACUAUGAGGAUCACCACAGAACCGUCGUGUUCAUGCGUUUUACUUUUGGCUUUUUAAUUCCGUUCCUGACCAUUUCCACCUGUUACUCCAUCCUGAUCUGUAAACUUAGAGCAAACCAAAUGUCCAAAUCCACCAAGCCCUACAAGAUCAUGACAUUACUGAUUACAACUUUUUUCAUCUGUUGGUUGCCAUUUCACAUUAUAUCUAUUAUAGAGUUGAACAAAUCUAAAAAUGCUCCACACGAUGCCAUCUUUCACGCGGCCCAACAAUUAUCUGCAACUCUUGCCACUGCAAACAGCUUUAUAAACCCAUUCCUCUAUGCAUUUAUGGCCAAGGAUUUGAAGAAGAAAUGCUAUUCCUUUCUGUCAAAGAUUGAGAGCGCCAUUGAUGAGGAGACCCGAAGCGCUUUCCAAAGAACUUCCAUUACCAAUUCUGUGGAUAACAGACUUUCCACUGCUGUCUGAAAUUUUAAAAAACAAUUCUUGGACAAACGAUAUUUCUCUUUAUUCUCUUCCAAGUCUGACUGGACUAUAGAAAAGACUGAACAUUAACAAGUUUUACAAUUGUUUGUCUGUUGCAUGUUGUUCAGGAAUGUAUAAGUAACACAGCUGAAAGGUCAAGAACAAUUUAAUGCAAACAGGUUCUACCAAAGUUUUGUAUAUUAAAAUGCCAUUUUGCUUAAUGAUUUUGCAGAAUUCUUUGAUAACUAUUAAAUCUUUACUGUUUUUAUCUUA